GGGCGGUGCCGAGCCGCGGCGAGCAAUGCCGUGCCGAGCCGUACCGGGGGGGCGCCACCAGCUCGCGUGGAGCCCGUCCCGGCCGCGGCCCCUGCGUGUGCUCUGGGGCCGGCUCUGCGCUGCCCGCUUGCUCCUCGGCCUGCUUCAGGAGCUUCAAUGAACCCCAAAACGCGCCGUUUUUUCACAGCGCGAAGCAAACCCCGUGCCACAUGGCCCAGGAAUAAAUAAGCAGUUACGGCGGAAUACUUAGUGAGAGGCUGCGCGGAGCAGAGCUUCUGGCUGGAGGCGAGAGGAGGACAGUCUGGAAGCCCACGCUUGGUAUCGAUAGGAUAUUGUAAAAAUGCUGAACAAACUGUGCUUAGGCUGUGGACAUUAAUGUUCAUACCAAUCUGUAAUUCUUGAGAAUAGAUAAGCAGUAAGAAGAGCACAACUGAUCACAGAGCACACCAUGGGUAUCUGUUUUCUUCUGUUAAUUGUAGGGGUUUGCUGGGCACAGUACAACCCCAACACUCAGGCUGGGAGGACAUCUAUUGUACAUCUCUUUGAAUGGUGCUGGGCCGAUAUUGCUCUUGAGUGUGAACGCUAUUUAGGUCCUAAUGGAUUUGGAGGAGUUCAGAUCUCACCUCCAAAUGAAAAUGUUAUCAUUGCUGACCCCUGGCAACCGUGGUGGGAAAGAUACCAGCCAGUCAGCUACAAGCUCUGCACACGAUCUGGAAAUGAAACUGAAUUUAGAGACAUGGUGACCAGAUGCAACAGUGUUGGAGUACAUAUUUAUGUGGAUGCGGUAAUCAACCAUAUGUGCGGAGGUAGUGCUGGUGCUGGCAACCAUUCUACUUGUGGAAGCUAUUUCAAUGCAAAGACUGAAGACUUUCCAGCUGUGCCAUAUUCUGCCUGGGACUUUAAUGAUGGUAAAUGUAAAUCUGAAAGUGGAGACAUUGAGAAUUAUCAUGAUGCAUCUCAGGUCCGAAACUGUCGUUUGGUUAAUCUUCUUGAUCUGGCCCUGGAGAAGGACUAUGUGCGCUCCAAAGUUGCGGAGUACCUGAACUACCUCAUUGAUAUUGGUGUAGCAGGCUUCCGGAUUGAUGCUGCCAAGCAUAUGUGGCCAGAGGAUGUGAAGGCAAUUUUAGACAGGCUGAAAGAUCUAAAUACUAAGUGGUUUUCUCCAGGAGCUAAACCUUUCAUUUAUCAGGAGGUAAUUGACUUGGGCGGCGAGCCGAUCACAGGCAGUCAGUACUUUGGAAAUGGCCGAGUGACCGAAUUCAAAUACGGUGCAAAACUGGGGACAGUGAUCCGCAAGUGGAAUGGAGAAAAGAUGUCCUACCUAAAGAACUGGGGAGAAGGCUGGGGCUUUGUGCCUUCUGACAGAGCCCUGGUCUUUGUGGAUAACCAUGACAACCAGCGGGGGCACGGGGCUGGUGGAGCUUCCAUUCUAACCUUCUGGGACGCCAGGCUUUAUAAAAUGGCCGUUGGUUUCAUGUUGGCUCAUCCGUAUGGGUUCACACGUGUGAUGUCAAGUUAUCGUUGGACAAGAAAUUUUGUAAAUGGGCAGGAUGCCAACGACUGGAUCGGACCACCUAGCAACUCAGAUGGAUCAACAAAGUCUGUUACAAUCAAUGCGGACACCACCUGUGGCAACGGCUGGGUUUGUGAACAUCGCUGGCGGCAGAUAAAGAACAUGGUUAUCUUCCGUAACGUGGUAGACGGCCAGCCUUUCUCAAACUGGUGGGACAACGGCAGCAAUCAAGUAGCGUUUGGCCGUGGCAAUAAAGGCUUCAUCGUCUUUAAUAACGACGACUGGUACAUGAACACCGAUUUGCAAACUGGUCUGCCUGCUGGUACCUACUGUGAUGUUAUUUCUGGACAAAAGGAGGGCAACGCAUGCACUGGAAAGCAGGUGUAUGUUUCCGGGGAUGGAAUGGCUAACUUCCAGAUCAGUAACAGUGACGAAGAUCCAUUUGUUGCAAUUCACGUUGAUGCCAAGUUAUAACUUCAAUCAGAAUUUGUUUCUCUCUUGUCAGUCUGUACGUAUGCUGUUUCCCCCAUUUGCGAUUCCCUGGUGUUCUAGAAUGAGUGAUUCUCCGUACCCAGUGAAUAAUAAAUGGCAAUCAAACUGAA